AUUUAACAUGCCAAUCAUGAAUUAUGAAGUAGAAAAAGUAUCAGAGAAACAAAGAUUAAAUAAUCAUGAGAAUGAUUGCGAAUAGCAUAAAAAAAAUAUUAAAACUAGCACGCUGAAAGCUUGACCCAACGCUUAACCUAAUUUAGAAAAUUUCAUAAAAGCAUAAAACUCUCAAAUCAAUAACUCAUUUAUAAAAACACACGCGAGGAAGAUAUUGAAACACGAUAAAAGCCAUAAAUACGAGCAAAUAAAAAUGAGGGUGCCAGGUGCCCCUAUUAACAAGCAAAGCCGCGUUUUUACACAAACACAAAAGCCAUCAGUUGCGAAUCAAUCACAUAAAGCAAAUGAAGUGAAAUUGAAUGUGGCGUUGCUUGUUUGGAAAUAGCGCAAAAUGGUUCAGAGGCAGCGCUUCAGCUACUACAAAUCAGGGCUGCUCGACAAAUCUCUGUGGGGCAGCAGAGUGAUGCCAACACCGGUCGUGGCGCCUUCCUCGAGCAACUUUUGGCAGCAUCCGCCUCAUGAUCUAGGCGCGCAGGAGCCCCCUUCUAACACCCUACGCACGCAAGGGACUUUAUUUACCCCCAACUCCUUCCGGACCACCAGACUGGGUGGUAAGUUGGUUCGCAUUCCCGGCCGAAAGUGGGACCCGCUGCGGGGCUGGGUUCACUCCGGACGAGAGAAAGUGUGGGUCAAAAAACGGCCGCCGCCUGAUGACGACGAUUUUGAUGGCAACUGGCCCGUCGGAAAAGUGGCCAAAGAAUUCUGCGAGGACACGUCCCUGCACGGCGUCCAGUACUUGGCCGCCAGCUCGUGGUUUGAGAGGAUAUUUUGGGCCGCCGCCCUUAUGUCUGCGUUGAUGGGAGCAGGACUUUUGAUAAGAGAGGCGUACCAGAAAUGGGUAGACGCGCCUGUGAUCCUUUCCUUUUCCACGUUGCCGACGUCAGUCGCCGAAAUCCCAUUUCCCGCCUUCACCGUAUGCAACAUGAACAACGCGCGUAAAGGUGUCGCCCAGCGCGUACUCAACAGCGACGAAGGUGUUGAAAGCGAAAGAGACAAAAUUCUGCUUGAAGACUUUUGCUCAGUGGACACAACAAUUUCCUUUGGCCGAUCUGCAGACGAAGCAAAAGUGGAAAAAACAUUCGCCAGACAGAUCGUGCAGCCGCGCUGGUCACACAUCAAAGAGUUUCUCAUUAGGUCAACGCAGCCGUGCCACGAGAUGCUGGUGGCGUGCGCCUGGCUCGGUUUCAACAGGAAUUGCUCCAAUUUGUUCAACACGGCGCUGACCGACGAAGGCCUUUGUUGUUCCUUUAAUAAAGUGCCCAGAGACUUCCUAUUCAGAAAUCCCCGCGACCUUUCGGACCUGAACGUGACGUUUCCCUUUCCUGCAGUUGACUGGACGCCUGAGAGUGGCUACCCUUGGUCACACCAUCAACAAGCUCUUCCCUGGAGAGCGAUCGGCGCUGGAAAGCACCUGGGUCUCACGGUUGUACUCGACUGCGAAAAGCACGAAUACUUCUGCUCCUCGACCGCCUCCAUUGGAUUCAAGCUAUUGCUGCAUAGCCCCGUGGAGACACCAAAACUGCAGAGCUUUGGAUUCGCGAUUCGACCCGGCACGGAGAACUUUGUCUCCAUUCAGCCGAAAAUACGCAAGGCGAAUCCGGCAGUUGUGGACGUACCGCUGGCAAAAAGAAACUGCUACUUCGCGUCGGAGCGCUAUUUGCGCUUCUACCGCACCUACACGCAGCACAACUGUGUGCAAGAGUGCGAGGCCAACUACACAGUGUCAAUCUGUGGCUGUGUCCUCUUUUACAUGGCGAAGGACCAGGACGUGCGAAUUUGCGGAAAAAGGGAUUACAAGUGCGCUCAGGAGGCGCGGGCCACGAUGGAGUUGAGUCUGUACGCGGAGACGGGCAACCAGAGCGCGACCGACCGGCCCUCGUGCCGUUGCCUUCCGGGCUGCAGUGAGAUCAGCUACUCGGCCAAGCUCUCCUCCUCCAUCCUCGACGACUCGUUUGGCGCCAAGGACCGCUUUUCCCCUCUUGCUGACCACCCAGUCAACAUAACCUAUUUCAAGGAAAACUUCGCCAUAGUCCACCUGUAUUUUUCUGAGCCGGAGGUCACGACCUAUGAGUUAAAUGAGAUCAACGACUACGUUGGCUUCUUAAGUAACACUGGUGGUCUCCUAGGGCUUUUCCACGGAUUCAGCAUUCUCAGUUUUAUAGAGAUAUUAUACUUCAUGUCUGUUCGUUUAUUUUGCACAGUGCGAGAGCGGAACAGGAGAUUCAGAAGAUUGCGUAUUCCUAGGAGAAGACCAUUUUCGUUUGUUAAUUAGUCAGCUAGAAAAUUGUGUAUUGUUCUAAUUGACAGGUUUUAAUAUCCCUAUGCUAAUGUAGCAGGUAUAAUUGCAGAAAAACUGUAUUAAUUGAUAGAUGAUUAAA